AUGUGGUCGGGCAAGAAAUGUUCGGAGGGUGGCGCCGGUACUCCCACCGAGGAGGAGAUCAAAGUGGUGCUGGUAGGAGAUACACAGUGUGGCAAAACGUCACUGGUCCAGAGAUUCGUCUCAGAUACCUUUGUAGAGGCAUACACACCGACCGGUUUCGAAAAAUACGGAUACACAAGCCCUGUGGCCGACUAUAGAGUGAACUACUCAGUAUGGGAUACUUCAGGAACAACAGCGUACGAUACGGUCAGGCCACUAGCUUACCAGGACGCGAAAAUCUUCAUGUUAUGUUUCAAUAUAGCCGAACCAGAGAGCUUAAACAAUGCAGCCGCUAAGUGGUACAGAGAAGUUCGCACACACGGCGGCUCAGCACCGGUGUUACUCUGCGGUUGUAAAGCCGACCUCAGACACGAUAAGGAAACGCUCACAAUGCUGUCAAAGCUAAGAACACAUCCAGUCACCAGCGAAGAGGCUUUAUCAGUAGCUAGACAAUUAGGAGCGACAACAUAUGUGGAAACAUCAGCACGUGCAUCCAGCAAAGGCGUAAAAGAUGCCUUCGAAGUGGCAGCGUUAGCAGCUCUGGGAAAACUAAACAAACAACAAAUAAAACAACAGAAGCAAGUGGGACGCAGUAAGAGCAAGCGCGACUUGAAAGCCGAGCUGAAGGGACGAGCAAAGAGUUGUUGCGUCAUGUGA